AAAGUGCAAGAUUUUUGCACCAACCAAGAAGGGAGAUUAAAGUUCAUCGUUCGUUGAUUCUUUCUAAUAUUUUCCUGCAGCUUCUGAGGAAGUUUUGUUGACCCUAAAGUGCCUGGAGUUGGGAUGGCGGUGGACGCAGCACUUUUCACCCCAGUGACUGUUGUCUCUCUCCUCACCUGCGCCGCCCAGUUUGCCGUCGGUUUUAUUUUGGCGCAAAUUUGGGGCCAAAAAUGUUCAGCAACCGAUAGGUGGGUCCUCGUCUGGUUGUUCUACGAUGCCAUUGUCCACAUUACUCUGGAAGGUCCGUUUGUUUACAUGUCACUGGUUGGAACUGUUGCAACAUCAGAUGGCAUAUUUGCCGAGUUGUGGAAAGAAUACGGGAAGGCAGAUCAGCGCUGGCUCUAUUCAGACCCAACCAUUGUAUCCUUGGAGCUGCUGACUGUUGUCUUGGAUGGAUUCCUGGCGCUGCUUUUGGUCUAUGCUAUUAUUAAAGACAAACAUUACAGGCACUUUGUUCAAAUCAGCUUGUGUGUGUGUGAGCUAUAUGGAGGCUGGAUGACCUUCUGCCCCGACUGGCUGAUAGGAAGUCCCAACCUGAAUAUCGAGAACUGGCUCUACUUGUGGGUCUACCUGGUCUUCUUUAACGGUGUGUGGGUUGUGGUACCUGGACUCUUGCUGUACCAGUCAUGGAAGGAUCUACAGAAAUCCCAUCAAUGCAUAAAGAAGAAGUAGUAGGCAUGCAGGUUUGAUGAGUUUGUUUAGGAAGAAACAAUGAGGAACAGAACAGUAACCAUGAGCAGACUGAGAUACAUGAUGCCUCAUAUGGUUAUUUGUUUAUGAUUUUGCUGGGGAAAAUGGUCCUUAUCGAUUCUAAGUGCACUGCACAGUGAUUUCGGCCUUAAUUACGCAAUCCUAAGAGUUGAUGGAUUAUUUGAUGGUUCAGUUAAUGGAUCUUAAGUCGUGGAUGUAAUAAUGGCACAAAUCUGUUGCGCCACCUUUAUGAAGUGAAUUACUUUUUUAAUAAAUAGUAAUGCCUGUUUUGAUGAACAAAGGAUAAAAUAUGUGAAUGGCCGGGUGUAUCUGAGACACACCCAUGAAGUUACGUCUACCUCAGAAACGCACCCGACGCAGUAACAUGGCAACACAAUGAAGAGAAUUACUUUGUUAUAUUACAAAACCCAAUCUCUGUAUUCCUACAAUCAAGCAUCAUGUAGUUAAAUCACAUAGCUGUUAGUACUGUAUAGUGCAUGAAUUUGUGUAUUUCAUUACAUCAUAAGCUUUUCAUUUAAAUAAAUCUGACAUUCCUAUCA